AAGCUGCUCUCGCUGCCGGGGUAACGGGCCGCGAAGGCGGCGGCGGCGGCGGCGGCGGCGGCGGCGGCGGCGGCGCUGUCGUUAUGGACCUGGAGGAGGCGAAAGAGUUCAAAGACCGUUGUUCUCAGUGUGCUGCUGUCUCUUGGGGUCUCACUGAUGAAGGCAAAUAUUAUUGCACUUCUUGCCACAAUGUUACAGAAAGAUCUAGGGAAGUUAUAAACACUGGGGCUAUUCCUAAUACUAAAAUACAAGCCAUCAACCGGGGACUUAAAAGAAAACGAAAACUUGAGAAAGGCUGGGAUUGGUAUGUGUGCGAAGGUUUUCAGCACAUACUUUAUCAACAAGCAAAAGCCUUACAGAUCCUUGGAGUAGGCCCAGAGUUAAAGAAUGAAGUUUUACAUAAUUUUUGGAAGCGCUACCUUCAGAAGAGCAAGCAGGCAUAUUGUAAAAACCCAGUUUAUACCAGUAGAAGGAAAACUACGGUAUUAGAAGAUAAUCCAAGUCAUUCAGACUGGGACAGUGAGCCUGAGCUGCUGAGUGACCUGAGCUGUCCUUCUUUUGUUGAAAGUGGAGCAGAAUCUCAGCCUGAUGUCCACACUCAAAAGCCUUUCCCCAUCAUCAAAGCAUCACAAUCAGAAACAGCAUCUGUCUGUUCUGGAUCUCUUGACGGAGUUGAGUAUUCACUGCGAAAGGAGAAGGGAAUUGUGAAGAUGACUGUGCCACGGACGCUAGCUUUCUGCUACCUGUCAUUGCUUUGGCAGAGGGAGACAAUCACUCUUGCGGAUCUUCUGAGAUUCGUUGAAGAGGAACAUAUUCCUUAUAUAAAUGCUUUUCAGCAUUUUCCAGAAGAGAUGAAAUUAUAUGGGCGUGACAAAGGAAUCUUUGCUAUAGAGUCUUGGCCUAACUAUGAAGAUAUCUAUAAAAAAGUAAUUGAAGUUGCCACAUUUUUAGAUUUGCCACGUUUUCCAGACAUAACUGAAGACUGCUAUCUUCAUCCAAACAUCUUGUGUAUGAAAUACUUGAUGGAAGUCAAUCUCCCUGAUGAAAUGCAUGAUUUAACCUGCCACGUGGUAAAAGUGACUGGAAUGGGAGAAGUGGAUUUUCUAACAUUUGAUCCUAUAGCUAAAAAGGCAAAAGCUGUUAAAUAUGAUGUACAAGCUGUAGCUGUCAUUGUGGUGGUAUUGAAACUGCUCUUUUUAUUGGAUGACAAUUUAGAAUGGUCUUUGUCUAAUAUUGCUGAGAAAUAUAAUGAAAAGAAUGAAGAAGAUAAGCCAUGGUUUGAUUUCAGAAAAUGGUACCAAGUUAUGAAGAAAGCUGUUGAUGAAAAAAAACAAAAAUGGGAGGAAGCCAGGGCAAAGUAUCUAUGGAAAAGUGAAAAGCCACUCUACCACUCAGCGAUUGACAGAUCAGUGGUGUAUAAAAGAAGGGAAAUGGUCGUGAGUCUACAAAAACAGUUUAGCACACUGGUUGGUUCAACACCAACUGUUGAAAAACAAAGCCCUUCAAGUUUUCAGUUCAGCUGGACCGAAGAGGGCAGUGAUAGAACUUGUUUCCAUGGGCAUAGCCUCCAGGGAGUCCUGAAGCAGAAAGGCCAGUCACUGAUGACCAAGAAUUCCCUCUAUUGGCUGAGUACUCAGAAAUUCUGUAAAAGCUAUUGUAAGCAUGUGACAACCUACGAAGAAUCAAAUUUCUCUCUGAGUUAUCAGUUUAUACUAAAUCUUUUCUCCUUCUUGCUAAGAAUAAAGACCUCCCUUCUCCAUGAAGAAGUGAGCUUAAUAGAAAAGAGACUUUUUAAAGCAAAAUACAGUACAACAAAAAAGAAAUCUUCAAGAUCCAGGAAAGCAAGAAAAUGUUGAGAAAAAUGAAAUGGAAACUUCCUGGGGAAAAUAUUUUAAUAGUGACAGUAAUGUCAAAUUGUAAUAUGAUAUUACAGAGAAUGGUGAAAAAUAUUUUUUGCAACAAAAUAUAUUUUGCAACAAAAAAUUUUGUUGCAAGCAUGUACAUACAUACAAAUAUAUGUAUCAAACCACUUAUUCAAAUGUAUAUUAGAAAACAGGUGGGCUUCCCUGGUGGCACAGUGGUUGAGAGUCCGCCUGCCGAUGCAGGGGACAUGGGUUCAUGUCCCAGUCCGGGAAGAUCCCACAUGCCGCGGAACGGCUGGACCCGUGAGCCAUGGCCGCUGAGCCUACGCAUCCGGAGCCUGUGCUCCGCAACAGGGGAGGCCACAACAGUGAGAGGCCCACAUACUGGAAAAAAAAAAAAAAGAAAA